AUGAUCAAUUCAAAUGAAUAUUUUGGAAAUACUUUUACAAAUGAAUUGUACAACACGAUUUACACGGGAAUAUUAAAAAGCCAUCCUGGAGAGACAGAUUCAAUAGAUAAUAUUAUGGAACGAUUAAAAUCACCUCAAAAAGAACAGUUUAUUUCACUGUUUAUUGAUUUGAAAAACAAAAAUGAUCCUUUAGACACGGAUUUUGUACUUCGAAUUUGUCACAAAUUAUUAGAACAACAAAAUAAAUCGAAAGCAUCAUUCCUGCAAUCUGAUCAAAUAAUUGGUCGGAAUGAAUUUAGUCAUCAAUAUUUUGGACGAAAACAACUUAAGGAUGACAAAUCCUAUCAAAAUGCAACCAAAUCAUCAUACGGUUUGGUUGAAAAAAAAGAUAAUGACCAUUUUUCUUUACCAUCAAACAGAAUAAAUUUUUUGACAGACGCACGUAUACAAUUUGGACGAGAACUGCUUCUAAAUUUGACACAAUAUGGCCAAGGUAUGAAAUGGGUCAAAUCGGACAAUGACACCACGUGCAUAACAAUUCCAAAUUUAGAAUUUGUGGUAAAACAUGCGAGUGAACUUGGACGUCUGCAUAAAAUUAUCAAAGACUACGUUAACGACGACAAAGAACACAGUGGUCUUGUAGCCAAAGCUUUAAAAUUUAGCUUACAAGAGAAAAUUAAUUCCUAUUACACUUAUGUAAACAAGUGGUUACAUGCCAACUUUGACGUACUAGAACAUUCUAAGGAAUGCUUACGCACAUGUAUCCCUAUAGACCACGAUGUUCUAAUAAGGUUCCAGUGUCUAGCGAAAAUUGUAAAGAAUGCCAAAGGCAAGAGUGGUUGCAAUUUAAUAUCGUCCGUGAUACGCUCUAGUAUUCACGAAAUUGAGAAUAAAAUGUUGAAUGAGAUCACCAAACCCAUACAGGUAAUGAUCCUCCAUUGGAUGAAGGACGGCGAAAUAGAAGACGAACAUGGUGAUUUUUUUAUAAUAGAAAAUUCGUCUGAAAGUUAUUGGAAUAACAGACACGCAUUGAGCUCAACUAACACGUUAGAAUUUUUGAACAAAUAUCAGUUAAACGAUAUUUAUCAAACUGGGAAAAACAUGAAUUUAUUGUUAAAAUUGCUUAGUCCAAAGAUGAACGCAAAAAUUGAAAAACUUAGAGAAAAUAUCAAAAUCCUAGCUGCCAAUGGAGAUGGACUCGUUAUUAUGUUGACUGACAAAUGUAGUAAAAUAUCAACAAUAAUAUCCGAAACUUGUGAUCAAUCGUCCGCUUUAAUGAUGGAAGUGUUAAUAAACGAUUACAAUUUGUUUCAACACUUUGAAGGAUUUCGAAAUUACAUGUUGCUCGGCCGUGGAGACUUUUACACUUGUGUUAUACACAAGUUGGAACCGUAUUUCGGAAAUAAUGAGAUUUACAAUUAUCAGUUGAAAGAUAUUAUUAAAAAUGCAUACGCUUUAACAUCCGCUAAAAAUGACAGCAAGGAACUGUUCAAUAACCUAAAAUGCCAAAUCGACACUGUUGGAAAGGUGAACUGGAAUAGUAUCAAGUUCGAGUACAAGACUGAUGAACCAUUGAAUCAAAUAUUCGGUUCUUGUUUCAUCCACUACGCGAAGGUUUUUCAAUUCCUAUGGCGACUGAAAAAUGUAGAUUGGACUACACACAAGAUGUGGCAUGAACUUGCCUAUUUUGUGAAGAAAUCAUACCACACGAUUGAACUGAAACCGGUCUUGAGAAACAUAAACACAUUACUGUCAAGCAUGUUGAGCUGUGUUAACGAAAUUCAAAACUUCGUGUUUGAGACGAUCAACGAUGAAUGGGAACAGUUCAAAAGUGAAAUCCACAGAGCUACUUGCAUCAAAACGGUAACGGAUGCUCAUAUGUCGUUUUUGGAAUCAAUUACGAAAUGUGUGGAUGACGGAACUGUGUCUUUGGACUCGUAUGUUGAAUCGUUGAAUAUACAAGUCGAAAGGUUUUUGAAUGUUUUCCGUUGUUUCAUUGAUACGGUGGAAUUGCCGUCGUCCGAAAAACUGAAGACCCGGAAAUACAUCAAACGCUGUGAAGAAAAUAAUUUGAUAAAUGCAUUUAUGGGCAAUUUCGGAGCUAUAAAAAAACAAUACGAGACGGAACUCGGUGACUUUUUGAUAAAACUUAAGGAUAGCAUGACACGAGGCCGGGAAACACUAGCCUUGAGGAUUGACUUUAACGGCUAUUACUCAUCCAACGUGAGUGGCAUACAUUGGGCCCGACCGUGUGUAGCUGAUCUGGAUGGUUGACAGCUAGCAGUAAUUUGGUGCCAAUAUAUUAUAAUAUCG